AUGUUGAAGAAGGAGUAUAACUUUAUUGGUUCCCAGGGAACAGUGACUGAAACUGGUUGCCGUCCAGCGAGUAACACUUGCCCCAAUUCUGGUGGGCAAGAUGCCAUAAACGGAGCCAGUUGGUGCACAAAGAGCGGGUAUCCAGGUAUUAGUGUGACAUACGACAAGGCUGGAACCACCUUCAUCGAUGUCAAGAGCAACAAGAGUAUUGUUGGAAAGGGAACAGCAGGAGUGAUUAAAGGAAUUGGCCUUCGGAUUGCAAACGGAGUUUCCAACGUUAUCAUUCAGAACGUCCACUUUACCUACUUGAAUCCUCAAUACAUCUGGGGCGGUGAUGCCAUCACUCUUGCUGGCUCUGAUAUGUUCUCCCUCAUCGGUCGCCAAAUGAUUGUCACUGGCUACAGCAAGGCUGGCAGGGUCACCAUCUCUAACAACGAACUCGACGGAAACACGAGUUGGUCCGCCACCUGCAAUGGCCAGCACUACUGGACAAUGCUCUUCUUGGGAUCCAGCGAUUUGAUCACCUUGACUGGCAACUACAUCCACGACUGCUCUGGCCGUGCCCCCAAGGUCGGUGGUGCAAGCACCUCGAACGUUGUGGUCCACGCGGUCAACAACUACUUCAGUAACAUAGGUCGCCACUCAUUCGACCUGGAAACCGGCGGCAUGGCCCUCAUAGAGGGGAACGUUUUCGAAUCCGUGACAACAACAAUCACAUCCACAUCCGUAUCGGCCGGCGGCCGCAUCUUCAACGUCUACUCUGCCAGCGACGCCAAUACCUGCACCGCAUCCCUCGGCCGCUCGUGCGUUCAGAACUCCGUCUCGGGCAGCGGCUACUGGAAAGCGUACACGACGUCAAGCUUCUUGACCAAAUUUUCCGGAAAUAACGUCCAGCCAGCCUCGCCCGUUGGCGGUGUAAAGGCUAGCGUCAUGUCAAACGCCGGUAUCGGGCACAUCGGGAACUAG